AACACUCGUUUUAUCGGCUGGUAGUAUUGUAGCGUCUUUAGUGGCGUCCUUUCAAGUCGAUAGAUAUUUAAUUUGUAAACAUAUAUUUUACAGAAUGUUUAGAUUUUUAUGAUGCAUAAUGGUUCGUGUAAAGUCUUCGGGAGGUAGAAGUUCGAGUCCCGUAAGACGGGACCCGGUGCAUUACUCCAGCAAACCAAGAAGUCCUGCUUCGGGGGCAAGUCAUGGCCGAACGCCGAGCAGUCCAAGAAAAGCAAGAAGAUUCAGACCAGGAACAAGGGCUUUAAUGGAGAUAAAGUAUUACCAAAAGACCACCCAUCUUCUUCUGAGGAAAGCCCCCUUCAUGCGAGUGGUGAAAGAAGUCGCAGAUAGGUUCUAUACGACAUCAGAGCUGAGAUGGCAAGUUGCUGCAUUAAUGGCAUUACAAGAGGCAGCUGAGGCAUUUCUUGUAAGAUUAUUUGAAGAUGCAAAUCUGUGUGCGAUUCACGCCAAGCGUGUAACCGUAAUGCCGAGAGAUAUCCAGCUUGCUAGGCGGAUACGAGGACAAGAUGCUGGGCUUGGGUGAUAACAGUAUGCCUAGGGCUUGCAUAUAUAGGGGUAGGCAUGUUGCCUAGGGCUUGUAUAUAUAGGGGUAGGCGUGUCACAAAGAACUACCUGAUUUUAGAUCUUUUAACCUGUACCAUGGUGCAAUCUUUUAAUCUGUUCCACUACACUAAUGUGCAAUGUACUAAGGAUACACUAAGAGCAAACAAACCUUUCCCUGAUAACUAGAAGACUUAGAGUAGAAAGUACCAUUUGAUAAAAGGCACUAAAGGAGGCAAGUACUAGUCUAAGCCAGGCAAAUAGAGCUAUGGCGCCGUACACUCUUAGGAAUUAGGCAUGAUCUAGUCUCCUGCGCAGCCUUCCUCAGCUAGUCUGCAAACACUUGAUAAACAUAAAACCCUUUUUUUCUGUAAUAAGUGUUUUUAUAACAUUUAUUCAAAAGAACAAUAUAUUUUUUUUAUAUUACAGCAGUAACUAAGUAACCAAGCUCAGGGAAGCAUCCAGGGUUUCUUAAAGAAGAGGGGGUUUCCAACAUGUUAAAAAUGACAGAAGGAGGAUUUCUGCUCCCUAACAUUUCUCCAACAUCCUUUAGCCCAAAGGGGGAGGGGUAGUGGACCCAUCGACCCCCCUGGGUCUGCCACUGUAUUCUUAUGUAUUUAUGGGUAGCAAACAGGAUACUUUUGGACAUUAUAUCUGUGGAUCUAUAAGUUCUUGUAAAUAAAUAUGACAUUUUAGAAGUCACAAAUUUACACACAUGAGAAUUCUUAGUGUGUAAUUUUUACCGUGUAUAUUAUUUGUAACUUUUUAUGCAAUCAUUGUAUAUUGUAUUAGUAACACUUAAUAUGCACUAAGCAUGCUUUAAGGGGAAAACAGUUUUAAUGUUUUGAUAAAUCAAUUCCUGUAUCAUCUUUAUAAAUAUAUGUAUUUGAAAGAACAUAUUAAAGCGAUAGUUUCCUAA